UUGUCUUAUUGUGAGGUACAUAUGUACGCUGACGAUGUACAAAUAUAUAUCGGCAGUCCGAGGGAUGAGAUUGCUGAAAACAUACGUCUGCUUAAUCAUGAUCUGUCAAGAGUCAGCACGUGGGCGAAAGCCAAUGGCCUGUGUCUCAACCCUAUAAAGUCCAAGUGUGUGGUUAUCAGAAACAGGCUGUCUCGUUUUUCAUGUGAUGUCGGUAUAUUCAUUAACGACUCUAGAUUGGAAAUCGUUCCUCAUGCAAAGAACUUGGGCGUUGUUAUUAACAGCACUCUGACUUGGAGUAAUCAUAUCGACUCUGUCGUUGGUCAGGGAUAUUCAAAAUUGCGUGCUCUCUGGGCCACUCAGUCGGUUACUCCGCUGCGGAUUAGGUCUCUCUUGGCAAAGACUUAUCUUGUUCCUGGCAUUCUCUACGGCUGUGAGUUGUUUGCUAAUUGCGACUCGCAAUUGUUGUUCCUAAGAUCAGUUAUACUUACCUAG